UGGGCGGAGGGAGCGCUGUAGCGCCCGGUGCCGUCCCCGCUAUGGCGGACCUGGGUCGGCAGCUGCACGAGUACCUCGCGCAGUCCAAGGCCGCUGCUGCCGCCACCGCUCCCAGCGCGGUCCCCGCAGCGCCGGCGGCCAGCGGCUCGCAGGAGGAGGCGGGGGACGGCGGCGGGCUGCGGGCCUGGCUGGGGGCGCUGAACCCGUUCCCGCCGGGCAGUGCCCCGGGCGCCACGGUGUGGCCUUGGACGGGAGAGGAGGACCCGUGGCUGCCGGGGCUGUCGCGCUGGCAGCGGCUGGCGGGCAGCGGGCUGUGCGUGCUUCUGGCCGCGCUGUGCUUCGGGCUGGCCGGGCUGUGCGUGCCGCUGCUGCUGCUGCGCGCCCGCAAGUUCGCGCUGCUCUGGUCGCUGGGCUCGCUGUGCGCGCUGGGCGCCGCCGCGCUGCUGCGCGGGCCCGCCCGGCUGCUGCGGGAGCCCGGCCGCGGGGCGCUGCUCUACCUCGGCGCGCUCUUCGGGACGCUGUACGCCGCGCUGGCGCUGCGCAGCACCGCGCUCACCGCGCUGGGCGCCGCCGCGCAGCUCGGCAUCGCCGCCACGGCACUCUUGGCCGCGCUGCCCGGAGGUGCCGCCGGCCUGCGCCGCCUGGCCGCGCUGCUCCGCGCCGCCGUGUGCGGCCGAGGCAAGGCGGCGCUGCCGCUGUGA